AUGACACUAGGUUUGAUCAAUGCCAAUCCCGUAGUUCACGCCAAAAAAGAGAGAAUCGCUCGUUCCGAAGAUCCUCCUCACACCGAUGAUUCCGUUGAUCCUCUCGAUAUUUAUGAUUUCGUGAGGGAUAUUAGGGAUCCUGAACAUCCUUAUUCUUUGGAGCAGCUUAAUGUUCUUUCUGAAGAAUCGAUUUCUGUUGAUGACAAAUUGGGGAGGAUUCUGAUAACUUUUAAGCCAACUGUUCCACACUGUAGCAUGGUUACUGUGAUUGGUCUUUGUCUCAGAGUUAAGCUCAAGCACUAUUUUCCUCCUCAUUUCAAAGUGGACAUCAAAGUGUCUGAAGGAUCUCACACCAAUGAAGAAUCAGUCAAUAAGCAAUUAAAUGAUAAAGAAAGAAUUGCUGCCGCCUUAGAGAAUCCAAACCUACGCCAGCUUGUGGACGAGUGUCUCUACUCCAAUGAACUGUGA